CAAUAUUGUGUCGUGUUGAAAUUUGUCCGAGUUACAUCGUGUUAUUGGACUUGACGUAAAUCGUGCUGUAAUUCUGCCGAAUCGAUUACGCCGAAUUCCACUUUAUAUACUUAACGCGAGACUUAAUUUGAAAAACCUUCAGAUACAACAGUGACAGGGAAAUUGGAUUUCCGACGAUGUUCCGCAACCAAAUCCCCACGAUUAUACGGCUAGCUGCCCAGGAGCAACAAUGGCAGCAACAACAGAGAGGUAUGGCCACCCUCAAAGCUAUUUCCAUACGUCUCAAGUCGGUCAAGAAUAUUCAGAAGAUCACACAGUCCAUGAAGAUGGUAUCAGCAGCCAAAUACAAUCGCGCUGAGCGCGACUUGAAGCAGGCCCGACCGCUCGGUGUCAGCACGAAAGUUUUCUACGAGCAGGCCGAGAUCGAAGCACCCGCGGAAGAACCGAAGAAACUCGUGAUCGCUGUGACCAGCGAUCGUGGCUUGUGCGGCGCCGUACACACCGGCGUGUCCCGCAACAUUCGCGACCAGUUAUUGGCCGAUUCCAAGGAACGCGAGAACACGAAGAUCAUAUGCAUCGGUGAGAAAUCCCGGGCGAUUCUCUCACGUCUGUUCGCCAACAACAUCCUGUUCGUCGCCUCCGAAGUGGGUCGUAAGCCACCGACGUUCAACGACGCAGCCAAGAUAGCCAUAGAAGUAUUAAACAGCGGUUACACCUUCGGUUCCGGACGCAUAGUUUACAACAGAUUCAAAUCCGUGGUGUCGUACGCGGUGGAUAAUCUACCGUUGUUCGACAAGAACGCUGUGGUGACAGCGCCGAAGCUGUCGGUAUACGACUCUCUCGACGACGAAGUGAUACAGAGCUACCUGGAGUUCUCGCUCGCCUCGUUGCUGUUUUACUCGAUGAAGGAGGGCGCCUGCAGCGAACAGUCCAGCCGUAUGACCGCGAUGGACAACGCCAGCAAAAACGCCGGCGAGAUGAUCGACAAGCUCACACUCACCUUCAACCGCACUCGGCAGGCCGUGAUUACCAGAGAAUUGAUUGAGAUUAUCUCCGGCGCCGCCGCUUUGGAUUAAGAACGUCGCGCGCGCGGCUAUUAGUAUCUCUCAAUUUAUAGCGCCGGCAGAUGGAACGAGAACAAGUGUCGCCGGAAAAAAGAAAUGAACGGGACGAGGAAGAUGAACGGUGCUAGAGUCCGUUAUACUGCCGAAAGAUUGCAAUUUCUGAUCGAUUUGGACGGAGCUGAAUAAUUCGCAAAUACGAUCCGCAAACACCGAAAUCGUUGUACCAUUCGUUAUUUUUAUGUCCAGGUUCAAUAAAAAUCGAUCGAAUUACGGAA